UAUUAUGGAGGUACCUGAAGUCCCUCCCUCGUGGAAAUGGAAGGUCACAAGCCAUCACAACCGGAAGAAGGUCAUAGGCGCUACAUUCAAGAUGGCGGCCCCCUUGUGUCAGUGUUAUCAGAUAUCUGUAAGAAGAGGCUUGGUGGCUUUUCCUUCCUCUUACCUGCCUCUUUACAAAGGGCCAAAUGUCUACAGGAUACGUGGGCUCCUCUCGUGCUCCUCACAGGUGCUUCAGAUUCCCUGUCCGCAGGUGAGGUAUAUGUCAGGGGAAAGAGGUGGUGGAAGAAAAGGUUUUUUUGGGGAGUUUCUGGACAACCUGAAACAGGAGCUAAACAAGAACAAGGAAAUGAAAGAAAACAUCAAGAAGUUUCGGGAUGAGGCCAAAAAACUGGAAGAGUCAGACGCAUUGACGCAAGCACGAAGGAAAUAUAAAACGAUAGAGUCUGAAACAGUAAAGACCUCCGAGGUUCUCAAGAAGAAGCUAGGAAACAUCUCUGAGACAGUUAAAGAGGGGCUGGGGGAGGUUGGUCGUACAGAAAUUGGGAAGAAAUUCAUGGAGGGAAUGGAGGAAGCAGCCAAAACAGCGAAGACUUCAGCAGAGAAUGUCACAAAGAGUGGAGAGAAGCUGGGGAAAACUGGUGCAUUCAAAGCAAUAUCACAGGGCAUGGAGAGUGUCAAGAAAGAGAUCGGUGACCUGGGUCACACCGGCCCUUAUCGACCUCCUGCCAAACUCAGGAAGAGGAGCGAGUUCUCCUCCAAGGGGGCCGGGGACGACAGCAAGGUCUUUGAAGCGAACGAGGAGGCUAUGGGUGUAGUGCUCCAUAAAGAUUCAAAAUGGUACCAGCAGUGGAAGGACUUCAAAGACAACAAUGCGGUCUUCAACAGGUUCUUUGAGAUGAAGAUGAAGUAUGAUGAGAGUGACAACGCGCUCAUCAGAGCAUCUCGUGCUGUCACUGAAAAGAUGACUGAUGUCAUAGGUGGGCUGUUUUCAAAGACUGAGAUGUCUGAAGUACUGACAGAGAUCUUGAAGGUGGACCCAUCCUUUGACAAAGACUCUUUCCUCAAGCAGUGUGAACGAGACAUCAUCCCCAAUAUACUCGAGGCGAUGGUCAGGGGGGAGCUGGAGGUUCUGAAGGAUUGGUGUUAUGAAGCGACUUACAGCCAACUGGCUCACCCCAUUCAGCAAGCCAAGGCCAUGGGACUGCAGUUCCACUCUAAUAUCCUGGACAUUGACAAUAUUGAUCUGGCCAUGGGGAAGAUGAUGGACCAGGGUCCAGUGCUGAUCAUCACCUUCCAGGCUCAGUUAGUCAUGGUGAUCCGAAACACCAAAGGAGAGGUGGUGGAGGGAGACCCUGAAAAAGUGCUCAGGAUGAUGUACGUGUGGGCUCUGUGUCGAGACCAGGAAGAGCUCAACCCGUACGCUGCAUGGAGACUACUCGACAUCUCUGCCUCCAGCACAGAACAGAUCCUCUAAGACUUUUUAAUAUGCACAAAAAAAACACUCAGCUCAGGAGAGAACUUAAUGUACCUGAACAGGCCCCGGAGCUGGCUGAGAAGGAAGCCGUGGGAGAGAGAAGAAGGCAAGGAGAGAUAAAGGGCUGACUAGUGGGACUUGGGCUCACUUCACAACAGAAGUAUCGUCAAGUUACUUAAAAAGCUUAGUGCUUCACCAGCCUUUUUUUUUUUUUACACCACACUGGAUUUGGGUUCAGUCACUGCAAUCCUUGAAUUUCUUUGAAUGCCUUCACGUUACCUUAACCAUUCCUCGGGCUCACACUAGAGAGCAGUAGAGUACCAACAACUCCCCCCCUUUUCACUUACUACAGUGUCUACAUGACUGCCUGGGGAUUCAAACUCUCCAGUUAAGGACAGCUGUUGUCAGCCUUUAAGGGAUACAUUUGUUUUUUUAAUUUUCUGGUUUAUUUUUUUAAAUAAAAAAAGAUAUUAACGAGGAAAAUCAAGGCAGAGGAUUUGUAAGUUAACCCUCUGAACUUUAUGCUGGUGUUAAUCUCUCUCUCUCUUCCUCUCUGAGGCGUUGUCAUUGUGGUGGUAGAUUGUUUUGUGGCCAAUCAGUGCGCUUCUAUUUCCUUGUUUGUAUGAUAAUCGUCCAAUGUAAUUGUUAAACUGUGAAAAAGUUUAUAUUUAUUAUGAAAAAUAAAGAUGACCCCUGUUUUUCA